AUGGGCUUCCUUGCGACUGCUGUAGCUCUUGUAGCAGCCCAAGGCGGCUUUAUCUAUGGUCUUGAUUCGGGCAUCAUUGCGACGACCUUCGGACAUGAUAGCUUUAAACUCGCCAUGUAUGGGGCAUCCAUGGCCAACACCACGUAUCAAGGAGCUAUUGUUUCCGUGUAUAAUGCUGGACAAGCCAUUGGUGGCCUGACAACCGGAUACGUUGCCGACAAGCUCAGCCGAAAAUACACGAUCCUGAUCGCAUCUAUCUUGACCAUUAUUGGCGCCAUCCUUCAGUGCGCUGCUGUCAAUAUCGGCAUGAUGAUUGCUGGUCGUCUUGUCGCCGGUAUUGGAUGCGGACAGAUUCUUUCUGUCGUUCCAAUCUACCUCGCCGAGGUAUCAAAGCCCGAUCAGCGUGGCUUCCUAGUCGGUCUCCAAGGAAUGAUGAUUGCGAUUGGUUUCGGCGUCGCCAAUUGGAUCGGAUACGCUGGCGCAUUUGCCAAGGGAGACGGCCAGUGGAGGAUUCCACUUGCCAUGCAGCUACCCAUCCCAGUUUUGCUUGUCGUCAUGAUCUUCUUCGUCCCCUUCUCCCCGCGUUGGUUGGUUCUCAAGGAUCGGUAUGACGAGGCUGGCCGGGUUCUUGCUCGCCUGCAUGAUUAUGAAGAUGACGAAACCUUCGUUGAGCAGGAGCUUUUGCAGAUCCGAACCCAGAUUCAGCUUGAGAGGGAUCAAGGUAAUCUGGACUGGUUCACAGCCCUUGGACUUAUGUUCUCCAGGAAAUACGUUCGCAGGACUUUAACGGCCUCGUUCAUCGUGACUAUGAGUCAGCUCUCGGGCUCAUCUGUCAUCCAGAAUUUCCAGAGCGUCUUCUACCAAACAGUCGGCUUCACAGGACGUACUUCCCUGCUGAUCAGCGGUGUUUAUGGAAUGAUGGGAAUUAUAGGUCAGGUCAUCUACCUCGUCUUCGUCGCUGAUAAAAUACCUCGCACUCGCACUCUCUGGACUGGAUCUAUUGUGCUCUGCGUGAUGAUUGCCAUCUGCAUGGCUCUUAGCGCAGAAUUUGGAUCCUCAAAUAAUGACAACCAGGCCGGUGCGAGAGGUGCCAUCGCGUCUAUUUUCCUCUACUCCAUGAGCUAUGCUAUCUUCUUCAAUGCCAUGAUCUGGGUAGUUCCUUCAGAGCUCUUCCCUUUCUUCUUGAGAACUAAGGGAAUGGCUCUAGCUGUAGCGACAAAGGCAAUCGUGGCAAUUGUUUUGUCGCAAAUCACACCAUUAGCUAUUGAUAAUGUCAGCUGGCGAUACUAUUCACUUUUUAUCGCAUCCAACGCCGCUGCCGCUUUUUUCUACUUUUUCUUCCUUCCCGAGACUUCUGGCAAAAGCCUUGAGGAGAUAGCGGCUUUGUUCGGGGACGAAAUUGUUGUUCCGAUUUCUCAAGCUGACGCGAAGCUUGAUCAUACUGCCGAGCUCGAUGAGCUAGAGCACCGAGUGGCUCGAAAAUAG